AUAACAGCAGUUGCUGAGAAACAGCAAGAGCAUUGGGGUCUUUGUUCAUUUAUUUGCAAAUUACUAUAAAAUGCCAUGCGCCAUGGAUUUGCCAAGGACGCCCGAUGAACUGGCCGACCAGGCCAUGGAAGGCACCGCUUCGAAGGAUUUGCUCAAGGACUCCAGCCGCUGGCACUCGAUUCCCCUUCUUAACUACACACCUCUUCAUAAGCUGAAGGACCAAACAUUGGUACGCUUCCGCGGAAUGAUUCAGGACAUGAUGGACCCGGAGAUCUUUCUGGAGAGGUACGAGGUGAAGUCCUCUAAUGGGAUCAAACGCUUCCAGGACGGCAAAUUUAGAGAUUGCUUGCGUGUAGCGCCUGGCGAGGAGAUAGACUACAAUGCCGAAGGAAAUUUGCAUGGCGAGCGACGCACGUUGUUUGUUGUUUCCGUGCCGGGGUUGAAUGACUGGAGUAAAGAUCAUGAGAAACAUUGUGCUCCGCAGACGGAUUUGGCUACCGGCCAGGCCCAGUCUCCAGCUUCAGUAGCUAAGAAGCGCACUCUGGAAGAGCAAGAAGGCAUGGAUGUGGAUGACAUGGAUGAUGGCACCCUAAAGCGUCAGCGUUUGGACAACAUACAAGGCAAUGAAGUCGCAUCCGCAUCUGCCCCAUCACUUGGCUCUGAGUACCUGCUUAAUUCACCCUUGCCUAAUCGCCCCAGUAUGGCCUGCAUGGUUAAAGUAUACGAGGACUUUGAUUCCUAUCAACUAAACUCGCUGGUGGACUUUGUGGGCUUCUUGUCGGUGGAUCCUUCUUUGGAUGCCGCCACCCUUGAUGUCGAUGGAUAUGAAAGCUUAAGCGAGCUGCAGGCGGCUCACCCAUCGCCUUUUCUCAUUCCCCGUCUGCAUGCCUUUGGAGUCAAAAUGCUGCCACAUGCCAAUCCGCUGCUAGAUGAAAGUUUGCGGCAGCCACCCGAAGCCUGCGAUGACCCAAAUCCCUCCCAACUCGCCAUUCACAAGGAUUUGCGCAUGCUGUUGAAGCUUUGUUUAUUCGACGACGAUCUUGCUGCCGAGUAUUUGCUCUCGCAUUUGAUUUCGACAGUCUACAGCCGUACCGAUAUGCAAAGCAUUGGAAAGUUUGCAUUGAACUUGUGUAAUCUUCCUAAGGAAUCCGCCCAGGAGUAUACCAAGAAGCUGUAUCAAGUGUUGGAGUUGCUCCUGCCGGCCAGCCACUACCUACCAAUGACCCUGGAUAUGAUGAAUACAGCUGCCUUUGCUCCCAAGAAGGACUACGAUACCAACAAACUAGUCUCUGGGCUUUUGCAGCUUGCCCCACACACUCAUUUAGUGCUGGAUGAGACCUCCCUGCAACAAGGCAAGCUGGAGGCUAACGGCGUUCAAGCCGUUCAGCACUUGGCUCACCUUAUCAACAACCAAGAGCUGAAGUGCGACUUUCAGUAUUACCAAAUCGAUUAUCAAGCAAACAUUCCCGUCCUGGUCCUUAGUGAAGGGCGCAGUAUGUUGCCGAGCGAUUUUAUUGUCCCCAUAAAUGCCGACGCUAAGGCCGUAGAAAUGCUUGACGAAUCUCUUAAGGCAGCCCAUCAUUACCUUCAACCGUCGCGGCUUCACCAGUUUCGCAAGUACUUGACUACGGCAAGGAUUAGCCCAUUUAGUGUCAGCGACGAGCACACCGAAAUGAUCCAGCAGGAGUUUGUGGAUAUGCGCAAAGCGAAUGUAAAGAGCAAUGCAGACGACCUGCAUGGGUUGCUGGUCCUUUCCCGGCUACUGGGCAUUGCCCGUGGAAAGGAGGCACUCGAUAAGGAAACUUGGCAGCUAGCCACUGAAUUUGAGUCCAAGCGGCGCCAAAGGCUCCAAUCCCUUCCCAAAUCUUCUCAAACUCGUAACUGAAACAUUUCAUUUUUACAUGCCCCUUUUAGUUUUUAUAAAAAAUAAAUCAUAUUUUUCAUAUAAAAGUA